UUACACUUUCCGAAAGGAGGGGAGAGGGAGCGAAUAGGGAACCUAAAAGGGCUGUGCAACGUCAGCAUCAACAAUCGAUACCCGGGAAUUGAAGGAGUGAAUAGAGCAGAGGACAGUCGUUGUGGAUACUGCCGCCGCUCUGUUAAAAACAUUCCAGCAGCUCAAUCAUUCCAUUAUCGCGUUGCAGUUUUGCGUAAAACCGCAUACCUUCUGACUGACACUAGCAGAUAGAGGGUUAGCUCACAGGUUGCAUAAGUCGUAUUAUUAUUAUUAUUAUUGAACAAUACGGGAGUAGUGGGAGCAGUGAAAAGAACAGAGAAGGAUCAUAUCUGUAGAGAAGAGGCAACACUGUAGGUUACAGUUUUCUUUGUUGAGUUCCUCUGCAAAACUAAAGGCUAAAAGAUGUCUAAACCAAAUUACACAGGAACCUUUCACAUGGUGUCUCAAGAUAACUUCGAGAACUACCUAGCAGCUUUGGAUAUUAAUUUUGCCCUGCGGAAGAUAGUGUGUAUGUUGAAGCCCACUAAACAGAUAGUCCACGACCCGGCCACGGGCAGUAUGAAGAUCCGCACACUCACCACCUUUAAGGACUUUGAUAUGGAUUUCAAACUGGGUCAGGUCUUCACCGAGGACCUGGGACCUGUGGAUGGACGAGUCUGUCAGACCACAGUGGACUGGGAGGGUGAUAAGCUGGUGUGUGUUCAGAGAGGAGAGAAGGAGGGAAGAGGAUGGACACACUGGCUGGAGGGAGACAAGCUACACUUGGAGAUGAGAGUUGGAGAUGUGGUUGCAAGGCAACUCUUCAAGAAGGCAGACUGAAACCACUGGGAAGGAUCCCGUUCAUCAACUCAACAUUCAUGAUUCUCAUUAGAAAAGUCUAGGACUUGGUAUAUAAGUGCCAAAGUUUUUAAAAAUAUGAUCAUCAUUGUUUUAAAAACCAUUACUUAAUGGACAACAUUUAACAUUUAAGAUAUUGUUAAUUAGUGUGCUAUUUCACUGUGGGAAAAAUUGUCAAUGAUCAGUUUUGAAUGUUGUCAUGGUACAGUGCAGGUGAACUGUGUAAACAUUCCCAGUAUGUUUCCUCAUAUAGCACUACGAUAGUUCCCAAUGCCAUUGAAUGUUCCCUUUUGUGUUGAAUGUGGCUGUUCUGUGUCCAAAUAUACCACCUGAUGCUCCACACUACAAAUACAGAUGUUGCCUCUUUAUGGUACUGUUCUAA